UAUCGUUGUAGCCUAGCUAGGGCUCCAACUGCCCUCUGUGGCACUUGAUAACUAGUCUGGAAAAGAACGUCAACUGUUGUGCAUGCUUCCGUUUUGCACAUAGGCCUACCUUUAGUAUGUCGUCUCAUAAUGUGGACCGAGUCAGCCUAGUAUUUUGUAUUUUCUUUGCCCAAGCGUAUGCGUUGCUGCCACCUCCAUGUGACAGUGAAAUUUACUGCACUGGAGAACUGUUGAGACGAGUGCAGACUGCUAAACUCUUUAAUGAUGAUAAGCACUUUGUGGACAUGAAGUUGCUGGCAUCCCCAGAUGUAGUGCUUGAAGCUUUUCAUAACUUGACAUUUGGAGUUCAGAAUCAGACAAUCACAUCUUCCAUCCUGAAAGACUUCCUGACAAGGUUCUUUGAUGCCCCAGGGAAGGAAUUUGAGACUUGGACCCCAGCAGACUGGCAUGAACAACCUCAGUUCCUCUCGAAGAUUAAAGACCCAAAGUUGUAUAACUGGGCGGUAGACCUUCAUCGCCUGUGGAAGUCCCUCGGCCGAAAGAUUACCAUGGAUGUGAAGGACCAUCCUGAAUUGUACUCACAAAUCUACACCCCUAACCCAGUCAUUGUACCAGGAGGGCGUUUCAGAGAACUCUACUACUGGGACUCCUACUGGAUAAUCAAUGGCCUCUUAUUGUCCGAGAUGACUGAUACUGCCCAAGGGAUGAUCAAUAACUUUCUAUACCUGGUUGACAGGUAUGGUUUUGUUCCAAAUGGAGGCAGGAUUUACUAUGAGCGUCGUAGUCAGCCUCCUUUUCUCACUGUAAUGGUACGGGAUUACUUUAGAGUCACCAAAGACAUCAACUUCCUGAAGAAAGCUGUACCUGCUUUAGAGAGGGAAUACAACUUUUGGAUGCAGAAUCGUUCCAUUAUAGUUGAAGUGGAUGGAAAUAAGCAUAUUCUUAAUCACUACAAUGUGCAAAUUGGUCAGCCAAGACCUGAGUCCUACACUGAUGAUUUGGACCUUGCUGAACACAUGUCAGAAGUGGACAAGGAAAGGUUAUUUGUAGAACUGAAGGCAGGGGCAGAGUCUGGUUGGGACUUCAGCUCACGAUGGUUUGGUGGUAACAAGGACUCCAAUAAUGCCACCCUGAAAGACAUCUACACCUCCUCCUUCGUUCCGACUGACCUCAAUGCCCUCAUGUGCCUCAAUGAGCACACACUAGCCCAAUUCCAUCAUGAACUAGGAAAUGAUGCUGCAGCUCAGCACUAUUCCAAAGCAUACAAUAAUCGACUUAAAGCAGUAGAGGCGGUGCUGUGGAAUUCAGAGAAGGGUGUUUGGUUUGAUUAUAGCUUGCAGACCAACAGCAGCAACUUUGCUUUCUACCCAUCAAACUUGGCACCCCUUUGGGCACACUGCUUCAAUCACAGUGAUAUGCAACUCCGGGCUUUUGAAUACCUGAAGGACAGUGGAGCACUGAACUAUCCCCAUGGUGUUCCCACCUCCCUCCACAACAGCGGAGAGCAAUGGGACAUGCCCAAUGCCUGGUCCCCGCUACAGCAGAUGCUCAUCCAGGGUUUAUCUGAUAUCCCCUCAGGAGAACCUAAAGAACUGGCAUUUGAGCUUGCCCAGAAGUGGAUCCAAACAAACUGGGCAGCCUAUUCAAUUUAUGAAGCCAUGUUUGAGAAGUAUGAUGUCAACGCUGGAGGAAAGCCUGGUGGGGGAGGUGAAUAUGAGGUUCAGCUGGGUUUUGGUUGGACCAAUGGUGUUGCUCUGCAGCUCUUGGAUAACUAUGGUGAGAGGCUAACUUCUGCAGCAGCUGAUCUGAAUGGCUUUAGACUGAUCUGGAUUCAGUCACUGUUCUUCAUACUUGCCCUGCUCCUCCUGCUAUAGGGAUGGUCAUGCUACCAGAGGUGAAUUGCACUGAAGACCACCCUGAAGCAGUUCCCAGGCCAGACACUCACUCCAGAUUGCUGGGCCAGGCAAGAAAUGCCAAAGUGACAGAACUGAGGUUCCAUAACAAAAACAAAGAUUUUCAAUAAAAUAGAAUAAAACAG